AUGUUUUCGGAACAGCAGUUUAUUGAGAAACCAGCUGAUUUGGCUAAGAUGAUAGCAAAGGUUUUACAACUGGGCUUAGAAGGUCUUGUUUUAAAGGACUUAGAGUCAAUAUAUGAACCAGGCAAGAGACAUUGGUUGAAGGUGAAGAAGGAUUAUUUAUUUGAUGGAGCAAUGGCUGAUACAGCAGAUUUGGUGGUUCUAGGGGCAUGGUUUGGGACCGGUAAGAAAGGUGGUAUGAUGUCAGUAUUUUUAAUGGGCUGUUUAGACACUAAUCGAAAUUGCUGGGUGACAGUCACUAAAGUACACACAGGCCAUGACGACAGCACAUUGGAAAGGUUGCAAAAGGAAUUAGCUCCGUUAAUGGUGAAAAUAUCUCAAGAGUUUACAAAACUCCCACACUGGCUGGAUUGUAACAAAGGGAUGGUUCCUGAUUUUAUUGCAAAGGAUCCCAAAAAUCAACCUGUAUGGGAGAUAACAGGGACUGAAUUAACUAAAGCUAACCUACACACAGCUGAUGGCAUAUCGGUGAGAUUUCCAAGAGUAACAAGGAUAAGAGAUGAUAAGGAUUGGAAAACUGCAACAACUUUAAAAGAGCUGAAAGAAUUGUAUAAUACAUCUAAAGAAAAAACUGAUGUUUCUCUAUUAAAUAAGCUGGCGGCUACUGCUGCAGAUGAUGACGAACCACCAAGAAAGAAAUUAAAAGCAAGUCCAUCUAAAACUUCACCUUCAAAAAGAAAUGAAACUAAAAGUCCAAUAUCCAAGAACAAUUUAAAAAUUGAUAAAUUUUUUACAAAGAAAAUUUCACCCAAUAAAAGGAAGGCAAACAACUUUAAUGAAUCAGAUACAAUAGACACUGUCAGUGAUAUUUGUGGUACUGAUAACGACGAAGUUGAAACUAAGCAUGUUGGUUAUCAGUUGCUGCCAGAGAAUCCUUUACCUGAUGCAUUCUUGGAUAAAAAAAUAGGUUUCUAUCCUGACUUUAUUAGUAUUCCGGAAGAUGAAAGGAGACAUUUGGAAAGACAUUGGAUAGCGUAUGGGGGUGAUGUUGUAAAGUCUUUAAAAUUCAUGGAUGUUGACUAUGUUGUACAUAUAGAUAGUUCUAUUGAAUUUAUGAAAAUGCAGAAACUACUAACUAAAAUACCUCCUGGCGUGAGGCACGUCACAAAAGAUUGGUUAACAAAAUGUAUCAAGAAAGUCAAAUUAUGUGAUACAAAGAAAUUUGCAGUGACUGUGUUACCACCA